AUGGGUGUAGGUGGGGACUGGACCAAGGGGAACAAGAUGGAGUUGCGAUACGUGGAGAGGACGUACGCCACGAUACUGUCUGGGGUGGAGCAUUUCACCAGUGAGGAGCGACCGUACAGACGUGCGGUUGGUUUCCCGGGCGUGGGAGAAGCCAAGGGGGAACUGAAGGAGGUAUGUGAGAUGAUGAGGGGCAGGAAGAGGGCAGACAAUGAGAAGGCACAUGGGAGCUGGGACACAAAUGCGGCGCACGUGGUCUGCAGGGUGUUGAACUGUGGGACGGCCCAGUCAGUGACAAGAGAUGCCUCAUACGGAGUGGGCACUGGGGAUAUCUGGCUGGAUGGGGUUAAGUGUAACGGGACAGAGACUGCCCUCGACCAGUGCCCUGCUAGCCCAUGGGGGGUGAACAACUGCACACACGGAGAGGACGCUGGAGUCUCCUGCACAGUCGAGGUCUAUCACAACUCUGCCUGGGGCACCGUCUGUGGCAGGAACUGGGACACGAAUGCGGCGGACGUGGUCUGCAGGGCAUUGAACUGUGGGACGGCCCGGUCAGUGACAAGAGAUGCCUCCUACGGAGAGGGCACAGGGGACAUCUGGGUGGAUGGGUUGAAGUGUAACGGGACAGAGACUGCCCUGGACCAGUGCCCUGCCAGCCCAUGGGGGGUGAAUAACUGCACACACGGAGAGGAUGCUGGAGCCUCCUGCACAGGCCCGGUGCCCGUCCGGCUGGUGAAGGGGCACAACAUGUGCUCCGGGAGAGUCGAGGUGUAUCACAACUCCACCUGGGGCACCGUCUGCGGCAGGAGCUGGGAUACGAAUGACGCGGACGUGGUCUGCAGGGCGUUGAACUGUGGGACGGCCCAGUCGGUGACAAGAGAUGCCUCCUUCGGGGAGGGCACUGGGGACAUCUGGCUGGAUGGGGUGAAAUGUAACGGGACAGAGCCUGCCCUGGACCAGUGCCCUGCCAGCCCAUGGGGGGUGAACAGCUGCACACACGGAGAGGACGCUGGAGUCUCCUGCACAGGCCCGGUGCCGGUCCGGCUGGUGAAGGGGAACAACAUGUGCUCCGGGAGAGUCGAGGUCUAUCACAACUCCACCUGGGGCACCGUCUGCGGCAGGAGCUGGGACACGAAUGCGGCGGACGUGGUCUGCAGGGCAUUGAACUGUGGGACGGCCCAGUCAGUGACAAGAGAUGCCUCCUACGGAGAGGGCACAGGGGACAUCUGGGUGGAUGGGGUAAAGUGUAACGGGACAGAGACUGUCCUGGACCAGUGCCCUGCCAGCCCAUGGGGGGUGAACAACUGCACACACGGAGAGGACGCUGGAGUCUCCUGCACAGGCCCGGUGUCGGUCCGGCUGGUGAAGGGGAACAACAUGUGCUCCGGGAGAGUCGAGGUCUAUCACAACUCCGCCUGGGGCACCGUCUGUGGCAGGAACUGGGACACGAAUGCGGCGGACGUGGUCUGCAGGGCAUUGAACUGUGGGACGGCCCGGUCAGUGACAAGAGAUGCCUCCUACGGAGAGGGCACAGGGGACAUCUGGGUGGAUGGGUUGAAGUGUAACGGGACAGAGACUGCCCUGGACCAGUGCCCUGCCAGCCCAUGGGGGGUGAAUAACUGCACACACGGAGAGGAUGCUGGAGCCUCCUGCACAGGCCCGGUGCCCGUCCGGCUGGUGAAGGGGCACAACAUGUGCUCCGGGAGAGUCGAGGUGUAUCACAACUCCACCUGGGGCACCGUCUGCGGCAGGAGCUGGGACACGAAUGACGCGGACGUGGUCUGCAGGGCGUUGAACUGUGGGACGGCCCAGUCGGUGACAAGAGAUGCCUCCUUCGGGGAGGGCACUGGGGACAUCUGGCUGGAUGGGGUGAAAUGUAACGGGACAGAGCCUGCCCUGGACCAGUGCCCUGCCAGCCCAUGGGGGGUGAACAGCUGCACACACGGAGAGGACGCUGGAGUCUCCUGCACAGGCCCGGUGCCGGUCCGGCUGGUGAAGGGGAACAACAUGUGCUCCGGGAGAGUCGAGGUCUAUCACAACUCCACCUGGGGCACCGUCUGCGGCAGGAGCUGGGACACGAAUGCGGCGGACGUGGUCUGCAGGGCAUUGAACUGUGGGACGGCCCAGUCAGUGACAAGAGAUGCCUCCUACGGAGAGGGCACAGGGGACAUCUGGGUGGAUGGGGUAAAGUGUAACGGGACAGAGACUGUCCUGGACCAGUGCCCUGCCAGCCCAUGGGGGGUGAACAACUGCACACACGGAGAGGACGCUGGAGUCUCCUGCACAGGCCCGGUGUCGGUCCGGCUGGUGAAGGGGAACAACAUGUGCUCCGGGAGAGUCGAGGUCUAUCACAACUCCGCCUGGGGCACCGUCUGUGGCAGGAACUGGGACACGAAUGCGGCGGACGUGGUCUGCAGGGCAUUGAACUGUGGGACGGCCCGGUCAGUGACAAGAGAUGCCUCCUACGGAGAGGGCACAGGGGACAUCUGGGUGGAUGGGUUGAAGUGUAACGGGACAGAGACUGCCCUGGACCAGUGCCCUGCCAGCCCAUGGGGGGUGAAUAACUGCACACACGGAGAGGAUGCUGGAGCCUCCUGCACAGGCCCGGUGCCCGUCCGGCUGGUGAAGGGGCACAACAUGUGCUCCGGGAGAGUCGAGGUGUAUCACAACUCCACCUGGGGCACCGUCUGCGGCAGGAGCUGGGACACGAAUGACGCGGACGUGGUCUGCAGGGCGUUGAACUGUGGGACGGCCCAGUCGGUGACAAGAGAUGCCUCCUUCGGGGAGGGCACUGGGGACAUCUGGCUGGAUGGGGUGAAAUGUAACGGGACAGAGCCUGCCCUGGACCAGUGCCCUGCCAGCCCAUGGGGGGUGAACAGCUGCACACACGGAGAGGACGCUGGAGUCUCCUGCACAGGCCCGGUGCCGGUCCGGCUGGUGAAGGGGAACAACAUGUGCUCCGGGAGAGUCGAGGUCUAUCACAACUCCACCUGGGGCACCGUCUGUGGCAGGAGCUGGGACACGAAUGCGGCGGACGUGGUCUGCAGUGCGUUGAACUGUGGGACGGCCCGGACAGUGACAAGAGAUGCCUCCUACGGAGAGGGCACUGGGAACAUCUGGCUGGAUGGGGUGAAGUGUAUCGGGACAGACACUGCCCUCGACCAGUGCUCUGCCAGCCCAUGGGGGGUGAACAACUGCACACAUGGAGAGGAUGCUGGAGUCUCCUGCACAGGCCCAGUGCCCGUCCGGCUGGUGAAGGGGAACGACACGUGUUCCGGGAGAGUCGAGGUCUAUCACAACUCCACCUGGGGCACCGUCUGCGGCAGGAGCUGGGACAUGAAUGCAGCAGAUGUGGUCUGCAGUGCGUUGAACUGUGGGACGGCCCGGUCAGUGACAACAAAUGCUUCCUACGGAGAGGGCACUGGGGACAUCUGGCUGGAUGGGGUAAAGUGUAACGGGACAGAGCCUGCCCUGGACCAGUGCCCUGCCAGCCCAUGGGGGGUGAACAACUGCACACACGGAGAGGACGCUGGAGUCUCCUGCACAGCCUCUGUUGCAGGCCCGGUGCCUGUCCGGCUGGUGAAGGGGAACAACAUGUGCUCCGGGAGAGUCGAGGUCUAUCGCAACUCCACCUGGGGCACCGUCUGCGGAAGGAGCUGGGAUACGAAUGCGGCAGACGUCGUCUGCAGGGUGUUGAACUGUGGGACGGCCCGGUUAGUGACAAGCGAUGCCUCUUACGGAAAGGGCACUGGGAACAUCUGGCUUGAUGGGGUGAAGUGUAUCGGGACAGAGACUGCCCUCGACCAGUGCCGUGCCAGCCCAAUGGGGGUGAAUAACUGCACACACGGAGAGGACGCUGGAGUCUCCUGCACAGGCCCGGUGCCCAUCCGGCUGGUGAAGGGGAACAACAUGUGCUCCGGGAGAGUCGAGGUCUAUCACAACUCCACCUGGGGCACCGUCUGCGGCAGGAGCUGGGACACGAAUGCGGCGCACGUGGUCUGCAGGGCGUUGAACUGUGGGACGGCCCGGUUAGUGACAACAAAUGCUUCCUACGGAGAGGGUACUGGGGACAUCUGGCUGGAUGGGGUAAAGUGUAACGGGACAGAGCCUGCCCUGGACCAGUGCCCUGCCAGCCCAUGGGGGGUGAACAACUGCACACACGGAGAGGACGCUGGAGUCUCCUGUACAGGCCCGGUGCCGGUCCGGCUGGUGAAGGGGAACAACAUGUGCUCCGGGAGAGUCGAGGUCUAUCACAACUCCACCUGGGGCACCGUCUGCGGCAGGAGCUGGGACACGAAUGCGGCGGACGUGGUCUGCAGGGUGUUGAACUGUGGGACGGCCCAGUCAGUGACAAGAGAUGCCUCCUACGGAGAGGGCACUGGGGACAUCUGGGUGGAUGGGGCGAAGUGUAACGGGACAGAGCCUGCCCUGGACCAGUGCCCUGCCAGCCCAUGGGGGGUGAACAACUGCACACACGGAGAGGACGCUGGAGUCUCCUGCACAGGCCCGGUGCUGGUCCGGCUGGUGAAGGGGAACAACAUGUGCUCUGGGAGAGUCGAGGUCUAUCACAACUCCACCUGGGGCACCGUCUGCGGCAGGAGCUGGGACACGAACACGGCGGACGUGGUCUGCAAGGCGUUGAACUGUGGGACGGCCCGGUCAGUGACAAGAGAUGCCUCCUACGGAGAGGGCACUGGGGACAUCUGGCUGGAUGGGGUGCAGUGUAACGGGACAGAGACUGCCCUCAACCAGUGCCCUGCCAGCCCAUGGGGGGUGAACAACUGCACACACGGUGAGGACGCUGGAGUCUCCUGCACAGGCCCGGUGCCGGUCCGGCUGGUGAAGGGGAACAACAUGUGCUCCGGGAGAGUCGAGGUCUAUCACAACUCCACCUGGGGCACCGUCUGCGGCAGGAACUGGGACACGAAUGCGGCGCACGUGGUCUGCAGGGCGUUGAACUGUGGGACGGCCCGGUCAGUGACGAGAGAUGCCUCCUACGGAGAGGGCACUGGGGACAUCUGGGUGGACGGGGUGAAGUGUAAUGGGACAGAGACUGCCCUCGACCAGUGCCCUGCCAGCCCAUGGGGAGUGAACAACUGCACACACGGAGAGGACGCUGGAGUCUCCUGCACAGGCCCGGUGCCCGUCCGGCUGGUGAAGGGGAACAACAUGUGCUCCGGGAGAGUCGAGGUCUAUCACAACUCCACCUGGGGCACCGUCUGCGGCAGGAGCUGGGACACGAAUGCGGCGGACGUGGUCUGCAGGGCGUUGAACUGUGGGACGGCCCGGUCAGUAACAACAAAUGCUUCCUAUGGAGAGGGCACUGGUGACAUCUGGGUGGAUGGGGUGAAGUGUAAUGGGACAGAGCCUGCCCUGGACCAGUGCCCUGCCAGCCCAUGGGGGGUGAACAACUGCACACACGGAGAGGACGCUGGAAUCUCCUGCACAGGCCCGGUGCCAGUCCGGCUGGUGAAGGGGAACAACAUGUGCUCUGGGAGAGUCGAGGUCUAUCACAACUCCGCCUGGGGCACCAUCUGUGGCAGGAGCUGGGACACGAAUGCGGCGGACGUGGUCUGCAGAGCAUUGAACUGUGGGACGGCCCGGUCAGUGACAAGAGAUGCCUCCUACGGAGAGGGCACUGGGAAUAUCUGGGUGGAUGGGUUGAAGUGUAACGGGACAGAGACUGCCCUGGACCAGUGCCCUGCCAGCCCAAUGGGGGUGAAUAACUGCACACACGGAGAGGACGCUGGAGUCUCCUGCACAGGCCCGGUGCCCGUCCGGCUGGUGAAGGGGAACAACAUGUGCUCCGGGAGAGUCGAGGUCUAUCACAACUCCACCUGGGGCACCGUCUGCGGCAGGAGCUGGGAUACGAAUUCGGCGGACGUGGUCUGCAGGGUGCUGAACUGUGGGACAGCCUGGUCAGUGACAAGAGAUUCCUCCUACGGAGAGGGCACUGGGAACAUCUGGCUGGAAUGGGUGAAGUGUAACGGGACAGAGCCUGCCCUCGACCAGUGCCCUGCCAGCCCAUGGGGGAUGAACAAUUGCACACACGGAGAGGACGCUGGAGUCUCCUGCACAGGCCCAGUGCCCGUCCGGCUGGUGAAGGGGAACAACAUGUGCUCCGGGAGAGUCGAGGUCUAUCACAACUCCACCUGGGGCACCGUCUGCGGCAGGAGCUGGGACAUGAAUGCGGCGGACAUGGUCUGCAGGGCGUUGAACUGUGGGACAGCCCGGUCAGUAACAAGAGAUGCCUCCUAUGGAGAGGGCACUGGGAACAUCUGGGUGGAUGGGGUGAAGUGUAAUGGGACAGAGCCUGCCCUCGACCAGUGCCCUGCCAGCCCAUGGGGGGUGAAUAACUGCACACACGGAGAGGACGCUGGAGUCUCCUGCACAGGCCCUGUGCCCGUCCGGCUGGUGAAGGGGAACAACAUUUGCUCCGGGAGAGUCGAGGUCUAUCACAACUCCACCUGGGGCACCGUCUGCGGCAGGAGCUGGGAUAUGAAUUCAGCGGACGUGGUCUGCAGGGUGUUGAAUUGUGGGACGGCCUGGUCAGUGACAAGAGAUGCCUCCUACAGAGAGGGCACUGGCGACUUCUGGCUGAAUGGGGUGAAAUGUAACGGGACAGAGCCUGCCCUCGACCAGUGCCCUGCCAGCCCAUGGGGGGUGAACAACUGCACACACAGAGAGGACGCUGGAGUCUCCUGCACAGGCCCUGUGCCCAUCCGGCUGGUGAAGGGGAACAACAUGUGCUCCGGGAGAGUCGAGGUCUAUCACAACUCCACCUGGGGCACCGUCUGCGGCAGGAGCUGGGACACGAACGCGGCGGACGUGGUCUGCAGGGUGUUGAACUGUGGGACGGCCCGGUCAGUGACAAGAGAUGCCUCCUAUGGAGAGGGCACUGGGGACAUCUGGCUGGAUGGGGUGAAGUGUAACGGGACAGAGCCUGCCCUGGACCAGUGCCCUGCCAGCCCAUGGGGGGUGAACAACUGCACACAUGGAGAGGACGCUGGAGUCUCCUGCACAGGCCCGGUGCCCGUCCGGCUGGUGAAGGGGAACAACAUGUGCUCCGGGAGAGUCGAGGUCUAUCACAACUCCACCUGGGGCACCGUCUGUGGCAGGAGCUGGGAUACGAAUGCGGCGGACGUGGUCUGCAGGGCGUUGAACUGUGGGACGGCCCGGUCAGUGACAAGAGAUGCCUCCUAUGGAGAGGGCACUGGGGACAUCUGGCUGGAUGGGGUGAAGUGUAACGGGACAGAGACUGCCCUCAACCAGUGCCCUGCCAGCCCAUGGGGGGUGAACAACUGCACACACGGAGAGGACGCUGGAGUUUCCUGCACAGGCCCGGUGCCGGUCCGGCUGGUGAAGGGGAACAACAUGUGCUCCGGGAGAGUCGAGGUCUAUCACAACUCUGCCUGGGGCACCGUCUGCGGCAGGAGCUGGGAUAUGAAUGCGGCGGACGUGGCCUGCAGGGCAUUGAACUGUGGGACGGCCCGGUCAGUGACAAGAGAUGCCUCCUACGGAGAGGGCACUGGGGACAUCUGGCUGGAUGGGGUGAAGUGUAACGGGACAGAGACUGCCCUCAACCAGUGCCCUGCCAGCCCAUGGGGGGUGAACAACUGUACACACGGAGAGGACGCUGGAGUCUCCUGCACAGGCCCGGUACCUGUCCGGCUGGUGAAGGGGAACAACAUGUGCUCCGGGAGAGUCGAGGUCUAUCACAACUCCACCUGGGGCACCGUCUGCGGCAGGAGCUGGGACACGAAUGCAGCAGAUGUGGUCUGCAAGGCGUUGAACUGUGGGGCGGCCCAGUCAGUAACAAGAGAUGCCUCCUACGGAGAGGGCACUGGGAACAUCUGGCUGGAUGUGGUGAAGUGUAACGGGACAGAGCCUGCCCUGGACCAGUGCCCUGCCAGCCCAUGGGGGGUGAACAACUGCACACACGGAGAGGACGCUGGAGUCUCCUGCACAGGUCCGGUGCCUGUCCGGCUGGUGAAGGGGAACAACAUGUGCUCCGGGAGAGUCGAGGUCUAUCACAACUCCACGUGGGGCACCGUCUGCGGCAGGAGCUGGGAUAGGAAUGCUGCGGACGUGGUCUGCAGGGCGUUGAACUGUGGGAUGGCCCGGUCAGUGACAAGAGAUGCCUCCUAUGGAGAGGGUACUGGGGACAUCUGGCUGGAUGGGGUGAAGUGUAACGGGACAGAGACUGCCCUUGACCAGUGCCCUGCCAGCCCAUGGGGGGUGAACAACUGCACGCAUGGAGAGGACGCUGGAGUCUCCUGCACAGGCCCGGUGCCGGUCCGGCUGGUGAAGGGGAACAACAUGUGCUCCGGGAGAGUCGAGGUCUAUCACAACUCCACCUGGGGCACCGUCUGCGGCAGGAGCUGGGACACGAAUGCGGCAGACGUGGUCUGCAGGUUGUUGAACUGUGGGACGGCCCGGUCAGUAACAAGAGAUGCCUCCUAUGGAGAGGGCACUGGGAACAUCUGGCUGGAUGGGGUGAAGUGUAACGGGACAGAGCCUGCCCUCGACCAGUGCCCUGCCAGCCCAUGGGGGGUGAACAAUUGCACACACAGAGAGGACGCUGGAGUCUCCUGCACAGGCCCAGUGCCGGUCCGGCUGGUGAAGGGGAACAACAUGUGCUCCGGGAGAGUCGAGGUCUAUCACAACUCCACCUGGGGCACCAUCUGCGGCAGGAGCUGGGAUAUGAAUGCAGCGGACGUGACCUGCAGGGCGUUGAACUGUGGGACAGCCCGGUCAGUAACAAGAGAUGCCUCCUACGGAGAGGGAACUGGGAACAUCUGGCUGGAUGGGGUGAAGUGUAAUGGGACAGAGCCUGCCCUCGACCAGUGCCCUGCCAGCCCAUGGGGGGUGAACAACUGCACACAUGGUGAUGACGCUGGAGUCUCCUGCACAGGCCCAGUGCCCGUCCGGCUGGUGAAGGGGACCAACAUGUGCUCCGGGAGAGUCGAGGUCUAUCAUAACUCCACCUGGGGCACCGUCUGCGGCAGGAGCUGGGAUAUGAAUGCGGCGGACAUGGUCUGCAGGGCGUUGAACUGUGGGAAGGCCUGGUCAUUGAGAAUAGGUGCUUUCUACGGAGAGGGCACUGGGGACAUCUGGCUGGAUGGGGUGAAGUGUAACGGGACAGAGCCUGCCCUGGACCAGUGCCCUGCCAGCCCAUGGGGGGUGAACAACUGCACACACGGAGAGGACGCUGGAGUCUUCUGCACAGGCCCAGUGCCCGUCCGGCUGGUGAAGGGGAACAACACGUGCUCUGGGAGAGUCGAGGUCUAUCACAACUCCACCUGGGGCACCGUCUGCGGCAGGAGCUGGGACACGAAUGAUGGGAAUGUGGUCUGCAGGGUGUUGAACUGUGGGACGGCCCGGUCAGUGACAGGAGAUGCCUCCUACGGAGAGGGCACUAGGGACAUCUGGCUGGAUGAGGUGAAGUGUAACGGGACAGAGCCUGCCCUCGACCAGUGCCCUGCCAGCCCAUUGGGGGUGAACAACUGCACACACAGAGAGGACGCUGGAGUCUCCUGUACAGGGCGCAGCAGAAACAAAUCUGGGAAAACCUGUCUCAUGGAUCAAGAUCUCCAGAGAACACGGGUUGCUGGAAUAGUCGAGUUUACCUUGAUUGGCAGCGAACUUUGUCCGGCCGAUAUUGAAAUCACAAGGGCUUUGGAAAAGCUGAUUAAAUCCCUGCUCUCCUCCAUCCCGGGAAACAGUGUCCUCAACGUCAACAUCAACCCACAACGGAAGAGAGGUGUGUGAGUGGAAGCCGAUCUCCGUGGGACUGUGGGAACCAUCUGCCCCCUGCGUCACAGAGACACACACACUGUACCCCGGCGUUACACAGCGACAGACCUGUGCUGAGCUACAGGUGACACUAAAUGUGCAGCAAACAGCAACUUGGAAAUAAACAUCAAACAAAUAAAGUUUAAUAAUGUCCAAUUUAUCUGCAGCCUGAGGGCAAACACCCGCAGAGUCAUUUACCAAGGCUUCGUCUGUCCAGAGAUCAUCUGCACGAUAUAUUGUGGUCCUCCCGACAUCAGCAGGAGUGCACAUUCACAGCGAAAUCACGGGGUGGUUAUGGAGCGCGGGUGGAUGUGGAGGGUAACGGGAGAGAACGGGAAACCGAAUCCACAGCAGGACUGACAGACUCACCGAGAAUGUAAACACUGCCGCAGACCCCCUGUAGAUAUUACACCCCAGGGACCCCCUGUAAAUAUUAACACACUCCCCGGGGACCCCUGUGAACAGUAACACACUCCCCGGGGACCGCCCGUAAAUAUUAAUACAACUCCGGGGUCCCUCUGCAGAUAUUAAAACAUCCCUGUGGACCCCCUGUGAAUUUUAACACACUCCCUCGGACCCUCUGUAAACAUUAACACACUCCUCAGGGACCCCUGUAACAGUAACACACUCCCAGGAACCCCUGAAAUUAUUAACACACACUCCAGGGACCCCCUGUAAACAUUAACACAUUCCUCGGGGAUCCCCUGCGAACAUUAACAGACUCCCCGGGUGUUAUCCCCAUUUUAAGUUCCCACUCCUGCCUGCUGUGUUACGGACUCAGUGAAAGUCCCUUUUAGAGAGUGUGUGUGUAUGUGUGUGUGGGGCGUGCUUACGUCAAUAGAAGAUAAAGGACGUAAUGACGUUGUUGAAGAAGUUAGAAGAAGAAAGAGAGAGAGAGAAGGGAGAGAGACACCAGCCUGCUUGUUUUCUCUAUCGAUGGAUGAGAAACAAUAACUGUGUUUGCCACUGAAAUCCAUGUAUGGAAGUUGGAAGUAAUCCGGUGGAGUUCACUUUGUUGCUGACCUGUAGAAGGAAACAGGUAUUUGUGUGUGGACGACCACGGUUCGGAUGCUUUUCGGGGUGAGGAAGUCACUACCGAGUAAACACUGAAGUGUCGUUUGGGUUCCAUCGUGGAACAUUUGGAUUUCGUAUGUACUCUCUCUAUGUUUUUCUACAUCUACAUCUUAUCUUCAGACAACGGUGGUUGUUGAAGAAGCCCUUGCUCAUGUUUCACCUUAUGGCUUGCGGAACUGAACUUUAAAAACCAUUCAGGAACUGGGAGUUUUGGACUUUGUCACACACACACACGAAGAGUUUAGUUUUGGGGUUAACGUUUGAGGUUUAACAUUCUUGAAUUCUAACAUACUAACAUUUUUACUUUUAUUUUACGUAUUAUCAAUAGUAGUGAUUAAUAAAAUAGUUUUUAACACUGAA